UGGUAAACGAACUAAGAACAUCAGCUUAUUUUAUGAGACUUAAAAUGAACUCACUUGUUGCAGCUUUCUUGAUGGCCAUUUUGGUCGUUCUUGCUGUUGAGGCCCAACAGAAAUGUGGUCGCAGAAGAUGCACCGAAGAUCAAUGCUGCAUCAGAAACAGAUUUUGCAGGCCUUUAACUACAGAAGGGGGAGUUUGUGGUAUGGAAGGUCGUGAAUUGCCAGUUUGCCCAUGCAGUGCAGGCCUUGAAUGUACUGGAGACAACGUAAGAAGAUGCACGAGCUCAGAGACAACUCAGGGUGCUAUGACAACUACUCCGGAACUGAGUACAGAUAUCGGUGGAAAAUGAAGAUAAAUUACCGAGAAACGACAAGAAUCAACAAUCUGAAGCAAAUUCAACUGUGUUUCAGGGAAAUAAACAUAUUUGAUUGCAUACUUUUAAAUAUUUUGAUAUUGUAUUUGAAGAAUAAAACAUAAGCAUGAGAAAAUA